AUGGCGUUUUACAAUGCCGGUAAUGAAGCACCAUCAAAUGAUUUAAGUGACUUAUCAAACGAUAACCAAAUUAUUGAUGACUUAUCCAUAAUACCCUUAAAUAAGGAUAGUUUUGCUAUUUGUGAAUUGUGUGGACGUGUUGGCCGUCGCGGUCAAUUUUAUCCAAGAAAUAAUAAGUUUUGUUCAUUAAGAUGUCACGCCAGCAAUAGUAGGCGGCGUUAUUGCAAUUGGAGAUUUAAGCUAAUGGAAGGAGCUGAGCAUAUGGCGGGUCUAAUUCCUUUAGAACCAUUGCCACAGUUGCAGCAUUGGCAGGCCAAUUUUAAUGAUUUACAAGCAGGGCCAAUUAAGCAAUCAGCAGCUCAUGUGGCAAAUAGUUAUGAAUGGAAGGAUGAAUUAUUUGGCUGUGACUUUUUAGCGGCACCAGUGAGUUUAUUUAAACAUGCCCCAUUACAUGAAAUGUGGGACAAUACAUUUGAAGGUAUGAAAGUAGAAGUGAAAAAUACAGAUUGUGAUAAUUAUUCAGAAAAAUUGAACGAUUAUUUCUGGGUAGCAACAGUAUUAAAGGUAAAAGGUUAUAUGGGAUUAUUGCGGUACGAGGGUUUUGGAAGUGAUGAUUCAAAAGAUUUUUGGGUAAAUUUGUGCUGUUCUGAGGUACACCCAGUUGGAUGGUGUGCAACUCGAGGCAAGCCAUUGAUACCACCAAGAAGCAUAGAGGAUAAAUAUACUGAUUGGAAAAAGUUCCUUGUUAAACAGCUUACUGGGGCUCGGACAUUACCAGCAAACUUUUACACAAAACUGAAUGAUAGCCUUGUAUCAAGGUUUUCAAUUGGCUCUAUUAUGGAAGUUGUAGACAAAAAUAGAAUUUCACAAGUAAAGGUAGCAAGUGUUUGUGAAAUCAUAGGCAAGAGGUUACAUGUAAAAUACUAUGACAGUUCCCCAGAAGAUAACGGUUUUUGGUGUCAUGAGGAUUCACCGUUGAUCCAUCCAGUUGGUUGGGCCUUUCGUGUGGGCCACCCUCUUGAUGCGCCACAGAAUUACUGCCAACGUGUUGCCUCAGGAAGAUUUAUGCCCAAUGAUACAACACCUGAAAUGUUCUACAAAUAUCCUACAAACGAACCGCCAUUAUUCUCUGAAGGCAUGAAAUUAGAGGCAAUAGAUCCGUUGAAUUUGUCAGCUGUUUGUGCUGCUACAGUGAUGCAGAUAUUGAAUGAAGGUUACAUGAUGAUAAGGAUAGAUUGUUAUCCAGCAGAUGCAUCUGGAGCUGAUUGGUUUUGUUAUCAUCAGCGCUCUCCAUGCAUUUUUCCAGUGGGCUUUGCUCUUGCCAAUAACAUACCUUUGGUGCCACCGGCAGGUCUAACAUCAGAGACGUUCAAGUGGGAGGCGCACCUGUCGCGCACGGGCAGCGCGCCGGCGCCGCGCGGCGCGUUCGUGUCGCGCGGCCACGUCGUGUCGCACGGGUUCGUGGCGGGCAUGCGCCUGGAGUGCGCCGACCUCAUGGACCCGCGGCUCGUGUGCGUCGCCACGGUCGCCCGGGUCGUCGCAGACUUGCUCAAGGUACACUUCGAUGGUUGGGGCUCCGAGUACGACCAGUGGCUGUGGGCGCACAGCACGGACGUGUACCCGGUGGGCUGGUGCCGCGCUGUGGGCCACCGGCUCGAGGGCCCGCUGCAGCCGCCGCCGCGGGUUGCGCGCCGUCCGCCCGCGAGACCGGCGCGGCGCAGACGGAGACAGGCACCAAAAGUAUCAGCUCAGCCGCCAAACACAACGGAGGAAAGUUCUCAAAACUCAGACAUUGGUGAUGCAAAGAGUCUCUCGCCCCCCACCAGUGUGUCUGAAGUAUCGGCAGAUGUGGAAAAUCGUGAGGAAGCCGUCAAAAUGGAAAUUAUUAGUGAAUCUAAUGCUACCCCUGAAGUGGAAGAGAAGUUAACAGAUAAUCAAGAAGUGUUGAAUACAGAAACUCCAACAGAUGUAUCUCAAGAUUCAACUGAAACAAUAAAUCCAGUUUUACAAGAUAUUCCAGUGAAGAGUGAGGAUGAUAAAGUGAUACCUCGGCUAGUCAAUACAACAGUGCCCUUAGAUGUGUUAAACUCAGUGGACCCAGAGAACUGGACUACCGCAGAUGUGGCAAAGUUCCUAACAGUUAACGACUGUCAGCCAUAUUGCAUAAACUUCACACACAUAACUGGCCCUAUGAUGCUACAAUUGUCAAAAGAUGAAAUCAUCGAACUCUUAGAAAUGAAGGUCGGACCAUCUCUCAAAAUAUUUGAUCUCAUACAACAGUUAAAGUGCAAAAUUAAACAGCCACAAUGCAGGCUACUCGGAAGUUUCAAA